CUCACGUGGUGGGAUUUGGUGGUUCCGGUUGUCCCCGUUCCGUAAGUACGUGCAGGGGCGGUUUGUUGGAAACAGAUACCGAUAAACACGGUAUGAUAAAUCCUUUUCCGAAUGAUAAUAGAACCUUCUUUUGCCUUUAUAUGAUAAAAGUGAACUUUUAAGCUAACCGAACGAAUCUACGCACCAAAGUAUGGAGCCCGUUCGCUUCAGUUCGAAUGUGUCCUUCCGUGUGGUAGGAAAAUCGUAUUAGCACGAUGAGCCAACUUAAAUUACCGCCCUACCAGAAGCGAAAGACUUCUUCCACCAAACGACCGACGACGUUGAACGUUGGGAAGGCGGGAAAUGCGGUCAGUCAUAGUAAGCAAUCACCGCUGGGGUAUGGUAUGCAAACACCGGACGAAUGUCCAUCGCUUCCGGACGGAUUCUUACCACUGCCCUCUCAGGUAGCAGGACACGCCUUCCACAAAGGAACCGAUUCUUUGGGUUUGUUGAAAAGCAUCGACGAUGGUUCCGUACUGAAACCGGUCGCAAAGCUUCUAGUCGGUCCGCGUGAAAUCAAGUUCUACGAGCAGAUAGCUAAAGCCGAAAUGCGAGAGCUUAUGGUACUGAGGGAACUGACACCACAAUAUCGUGGCCACCAGAAGCUACCGAUCGAUGGUGAGCUAAUCGAAUUUAUCAAGCUGGAAGAUCUUACCCAGGGCAUGUUGGAACCGUGCAUUAUGGAUGUGAAAAUUGGCCGCCGUUCGUGGGAUCCGAUGGCGACGGAGGAAAAACGACGUUACGAAGCGUCCAAGUAUGCUGAGAGUCGUGAAGCGUACGGGUUCUGCAUUCCGGGCUUCCAGUUCUACUCGCUCCAGACCGGACGAUUGCAACGGUACGGGAAAGAGUACGGAAAGAAGCUUACGGAGGUAACGGUGAAGGACGCGUUCCGUCGGUUUCUGAACGCGGACGGUGGCCUCUGCCGGCAGCAAUUGAUACAGUUUCUGACGGAUCUGUGGAACAUCCAGAAGUGGUCCCGCACGCAAACAUCCUUCCGGCUGUACGCUAGCUCUGUUCUGCUCGUGUAUGAUGCACGCCGGCUGAAACCGGUACUGUUACAUGCGGGCAAGAAAUCACCCCGUACACCCAACACACCGACACCGACUGGUGGUACUAGCGGUAGCAGUACUCCGAGCACACCGAUUUUCUGCACGACCUCCAUCAACGAGUUGGGCGAUGUGGAACCACUGCAACACUACUUCCAGAUACAGAGAAGUCACUCCACCAAUCACAACUAUGAAGAGGAUAUAAAAGUAAUGAAGGAAAACUAUACCUUCAUGCUGGACAAUCUCGUUGGUUCGUACGAAGACAAGAUCUGGGCUAAGGCGCGUAUGAUCGACUUUGCGCACACGUUUCCGUUGCAACCGACCGAACAACCUGCCGUCGAUCGUAACUAUCUCGAAGGCAUAGAUAAUCUGGUGAAGCUGUUCGAGGAUCUGCUUAAGGAUUGUGAGAUACAGAAUUCCCCCCGGCAGGGAGUUGCUUGAUAGCUGGACGAACAGACACACGGCCACACACACAUUUGCAUUCUCAUGUUCGCUAUGCGUGCUUUUUAUUUGUGUUACGUUGUUCUAGAUUCUAUCGGCGAAGAAAAAAUAUAUAUAUAUUAUAUACGUACGAAAUUGUUCCUACGAGCUCUAGCCGUUGUGUUUCGUGUUCCUGAAAACAGGACGUUCCACGAUUUGUUUCCUAUAUAAACACUCUAUUCCCGCAUAUUGUCACAAUUCGUUUCUCCGUUUCGUUAAAGCAGUGCUGCAUGAUAUUGCGUUACAUAUCUGCAUCUGGUUCAAGUUCACGUUGGCGUACGGCCAAAAAGAUAAUAAAAAAAAACAAAC